AUGUCUUCGUCGCUUUCUAUGGCACUUGUAUCAAAUUCACUUGGAGCCUCGAUAAUUCCACGUAUAUUGGACUUAUUUUUUGAAGCAGAAGCAGAUGAAUUCUCCUCAGGAAAAGUUAAAGGAUACCUAGUAACAAAAAGUAGAUCAACAAAGGCAACCCCAAGUAUGAAUAAUAAUAAAAGUAAUGCUAAUGAUAGAACAAAUCUCUGCGCUAUGUGUAUUUGGAUAUUACUCGAUUUAUUCCCAACGACGUCCGAAUUAGUAGAAGCAAGUGAAUUUCGAGAAAACAGGAGAAUUGAAGUAAUUGCUGUAUCAAAGUUCAUAAGAAACUAUUGA